AUGAACUGGGUGUUCGCCAUCAUCCCGCUGACCGAUUUCGAUUCGGAGUACGGUCCCUUUCUCGUGUCGCCCAAAUCACACAAGUUGAUGCAGGUAAUUGAUCCGGACGCACACAUCUUAGACUUCACGCGUCCCGAUCGCGAGCAGUUGCCCCCUUUCAUUGAUCCCGAACUCAAAGCAGGGGACUUGCUGGUUGUCAACGAGCAUGUCUGGCACGAAGCACCCGCCGGCACCGCAACUGAAGAUCGGUGCGGGAUUUUCAAUAAGUAUUGUGCGGUAGACGCACCACCCGCCGCAGGGUAUUAUCCUUACAAUCCCGCCACAUUGGACGCAUUGAGCGACGAUGGGAAGCGUCUCAUUCCCGUCUGUUUUGACAAACCGAUUACAACGACGCGUCUGCUCAUUGAGUCUUCAUCCGAUCAGGAGUCGAAAUUCUUGCUUCACCGCGAUGCCGAAGCGGGAUGUUGGGAAUUGCCUGGAGGCGAAGGCUGGGAAGAGGAAAAACUCGUCGGUUGGGAUGUCGGUGCCCGGAUCGGUUCACUACAAGAACUCACCCAGGCGCAACUCGGUUUGGAGGUCUCUUGGAUGUCCUACAUUGAAGAUGUUGAGGAGGAGGAUGGUAUCUGCCGCGUCUACGGAUUCUCGGAUGAAACCCUCGAUCUUGAUGCCUUCGCAAAUGGCGGUUACGACUGGUUCACGAAGUCCGAGCUCCAACAACGCCUCGGUGAGAGUGAUGCUAUCUGUCGUGCUGUUGAUACAUGGCAGCAGGCGGAUGUGAUUCGCGGUAAAGGCAAGGCGUGCCAUCAGAGCCGACACCAAUUUGAGUAG